AUGUUUGUGACGAAAAUAAACAUCACAAAUGGUUGCCACGUGGUGGACAAAAGGACUAGUGAAGUGGAUAAUGAUGAUGACAUGGCUGAUGACAUGGAUGAUGACGUGACUGGUGAGAUGGAUGCUGACGUGGCUGGUGAUGUCAUUGAUGACGUGGCUAGUGACAAUGACGUGGACAAUGACAUGGCUAGUGCUGAUGUGGCAUUCACAGCCCAGGCCUAUUUUAGAACUGGGCCACUCAGCGACGAUGCCACCAAGAAAGAUGUGUGCUUGAGAUCAGUCCUAAUGGUGAAUGUAAGGUCAACACCUGGCAUACAUGAGUUAGCGCAGAUGAUGGAGUCUAGCAAGAAUAAUGAUGUAAAAUGGGGAAAUCCAGUGGGGCAAAUCAUACUCCCAUUCUACAUUGCUAUGUAUGAUGACCCUCUUGAAUAUGUCCGCAAAGCAAAGAAGGUUGUAGAUAGGAAAAAACAUUCACUAGAGGCAAUCUUCACGCAUGGAAUUGGAAAAAGGGCCACUGAACUUUUUGGCACCAAGGUUUCAGGUGCUAUCUUCCAUCGCAUUAUAUCUAAUACCACAGUGCCGUUCUCCAACAUGAUUGGUCCAGUUGAACCAGUAGAGUUUUAUGGGCACCGGGUUGUCUAGAUUGCACCUAGCG